AUGGACCUCAGCGCGACAGCAUCACAAAACUCGGGGGUCAUGGCGUUUCUUUACAACUUGUUGUUUCAAGCGCUUCUCAUAGGCAAGAAGGCCUUGAUCUUCAUCUUUGAAGACCUGACAAUAGAAGAGUAUGACGAGUUUCUCUUGCAUCCCUCAACGGUCUUACACGAGAAGGAUCUAGAUCAGGCCCAGCAAGGCACAGGGACCUACGUGAUGGAAGCGAUACUUCCUUCGCAGUUUGACAAGCGAAAGAUGCAAGAUCCAAAGUUCUGUGGAAAGUUCAAAUUUCGACGAGUGUCUUUGAAUUCCGCAUAUGACGAUGAUGGAGAAGUGUCUUCUUCUGGGAGUGAUCUAACAAUCCUACGAGGCAUUGCUGGAUUGACGGAUGACCCGAAGGAAGAGAUGCCGUGCUCUCAGAGUCGCAGCAUGUCGGGAAUUGUGGAGAAGCACGUUGCGCACUAA